AUGACGCAACAAUACGUUUUAGUUGAAUAAUCAAUUGUUUGUCUAGCGAUAUAGGGGAAAUUACAACUAAUGAAGUGUUUGUCUAACAAUUACAGUAACUGGAAACAAGUGUUUGGUUGUUUUAUUUUGCCGAUGAUGAUUAUUAUUUUUUUUUAACAUCUGCCCCUCACCCAUGGGAUCAGCUGUAAGCUUGAAGACUUAUAGCAGUAUAAUUUUGGGUUCAAUACCCGAGAUAAACUUAAACCUAUUGUCUAUUGACAUGCUUGCUUUUGAAAUCAAAUAAAACAGCACGAGACACAACACAUAUUAUAAAUCACAAGGAAGUCUAAAAAAAAAUUGAUUGGUCGUUACUACAAGAUGACGUCAGUUUACGCGUUUGUAAAGUUCAUUAUGUGUGACGGAACCGCUAUUCAGUCCGAAGUUGCUAUACUCAAGACAAUCACGGCCUUUGGGAAGUCUGACAGGUAACCAAGAACCUAUGGGUUCCAGAGUUCUGAAGUUUACCUGCAACUGUGGGAAUUCUGACCCAGUAAAGUUCAAUCAAUAUCGUUGUCCUGAAACAAGAGAGUUGAUCGGAAUGAGAUGUAGGUCAUGUGACACUGAGUGGCUGAAGACCGGUGUUAGAUACAGGUCAAGUGACCCAGAGUGUCUUGAGACUGUUGACGGUACAAAAAGUAUCAACACGCUCUUCAUUAUUAUAGAUAACGAUAUAUUUUACCAAAAUGUGAGAGUGGAAAUAAAAAGAAACUCAACAUUCCAGGUGAGUCCUUCUCGUACGCAGAUCACCAGUUCCACAUUACUAGGAGACUAUUUGAAACCAGGAGAUCACAUCUCUUGGCACAGGCCUUACAUCAUUUGGCACCAUGCUAUUGUAGCUAAAGUCGACGAACAGGUCUUGGAAGUAAUACAUUGGACAAAGAUGGAUGGCGUGGUGCAGGUAUUAAAGGAGAAACUCAGUUUAAAGCUAUCUUUCAAGGAAGGUCCUUUGUAUCGUAUUGAUUAUUCUGAGGAGGUUGUGAAGAAAAAUCUUCCACGACUUGUUCUAGCCAGGGCUCACUCGAGGCUCAAUGAAGUUGGUUACAAUUUCUUGUUCAAUAACUGUGAAUCCUUUUCAAUCUACUGUAAGACUGGAGUGUCGCUGUGCAUGCAGAAAAAUUGGUUGUUUAACAAGAUUUCAGAAAUAGUGAAAGUAGGUCUGUCCAACAUCAUAAAAAGUAUGAUAAAAUAUGUCGUGGUUUCAGUGAAACCAAUGUUUAGGGCUGCCGUUGAAGUUGGAGUGAGCGAGUUUAUAGAAGAAGCCAUGAAAGCCGGGAACUGGGUUGGAGCAACAAUAGUGCUUCUGGUCGAAACGUUCUUCUGUUUGAAAGAUAUCUGGAAAAUUAAUAAAGAGAGAGAAGCUGGGAACCUGAGUAGAAGGGACUACAUCAAAACUCUCUCAGAGCGGAUCUUGGAAUACAUAUUUAGUACAGCGUUUGCAGUCUUGGCUGGAUUUGUUGCAGACUGGCUCGGUGGGUUUAUAUUGGGCGCCAUCAUUCAAACUGGAGUUUCUGCUAGCAUCGCAGCACUUUCAGGAAUCGGCUUGGCUCUUGUUCUUGGAAUUGUGAUUGGAGGUGUUUUAGGAGUAGCAGGCAAGGCUAUAGGGUUUGCUGUUGGUGAAAAUGUGGGAAGACAAAUAAGUGAGAGGUGUUUUCGAGAUGACCGGUUAGUCGAACUAACAAGUUUGGAGCCUGCAGAUCACCUGGUGUUCCCCGGAGGACUUCUUCACCCUCGACAUCAUGCUAUCUUUGUUGAGCACGACGGACUCGGUAAAGUCAAAAUUAUCCAUAAUACUAGCAAGCAAGGCGUAGUUAAAGAGUGGGUGGACUUUAAACCCCCUGUGUAUCGAGUUCAGUAUCGUACUAUCGAAUGUCACCCACCACACAAAGUACUAGACAGAGCACGUUCUAAGCUUGCCACCAACGAGUACAAUAUCCUAUGGAAUAACUGCAAGCAUUUUGCAAAAUGGUGUAAACUGUUGGAGUAAAAAAGCGAAUAUAACGAUUUAUUCUUGAAACCAGACAGAUUAGAGAUGGAAAUUUCACUGCUGACAAAAAUCCAACAAAAUGUUUUAAUGAAACGCUUAAGAUAUGACAUAAUUAAUUAAAGAAAGAAAUAUUUUGUCACAAUUAUAGACAACAAUAUUAGUUUCUCUAAGAAACUACAGAAGAAAAAUAUAAUUGUAAAUUUCAAGAUGUUAUAACGUUUAUCUUUCCAGAAACUUUGAUUUGAAAUAUAGUCUUUUUCCAAUUUUUAAAAUACAUUAUUUUUUAAUUUUGUUCUUUGAUUUGCUCACAGUAUCGUAAAUAACAUAAGAUGUUCGUAUUAGAUAAGUGGUGGGCAUUUUAGAUCUUAAUAUGCAUGUAUUAUUUUGUAUAUUGUUGUAUUAUGUGUAUUUUUUGUACAGUUGUUACAUGUUCUGUCAUUGGGUGGGUUCUCGUGGAUCAUCUACGUAACAAUACUGAAUGAAUUUAUUUCUUCAAUAACAUUAACUACAGGCUACUUUCACUGAUAGGCCUACCUUCACAAAAAAACUUUUCAACAAAUAUUCCGAAACUGAGUCACGCCUAACUUACUUAUAAAGUUACUUACAGAAUUUCAUCUCUAAUCGAUUGAUAACAAACACGGUGAGUAAGCUACCUUACUGACUAAAAGUAUCGCAGCCAAACGGAACAUAAUUUACUAACUGUCACUGAGCUGAAUAACUCGGUAAUUUACGCAGUCCGGUAUUUUUAUGCAAUCUAUUUUUCUCUGUACUUCGGUAAGCACCUCAUCAUGAUUACGUGAUGAUAAGCUCCCUUCUAAAUUAAUAUAUAUAUAGGUUACAACCUCAUGCUACCUAGAAUAACACGAUAUUUAGUAAUAUUGUACUAUAUCAAUGUUAUCAGUUCAAUGGAAUCAGAUACAUUUUUCUUUAUAUAUUUGUAUAUAUUUUAAUAAGAUGUACCUAGGGAUACGUUUUGAGAAGAAUGUCUAAAAUAUGUUUUCCAGAUUUGGAGUUACUUGUGAAAAUAACAUAGCCAGUAAAGUAAUACAGAGUUCCAGUGAAAAUUAUAUUUUGUUAAGAUGAAUUAAGAUAUUUGAAAUGAUUAGGUUUAGUUAUUUGCAUAAAUGCAUUGUUUAUUUGUUUGUUUUGAAGCAAAUCCACACUGUGCUAUCUACUGUGUUGACUGCUUUGUAAGUCCGUAGAAUUACCGCUGUUCUGCAAGGGGACACUUGAGUAAAUUAAAUUUACCAAUAAGAGAUGUAUGGUGUGAUUUUUGUAUUCGAGUUUAACACUAAUAAACUGACCAAUAACAAA